AUGUCUGCGGCAUCUUCCGCGUUCGUGCUGCCCCAAGAGGCUCGUUCACGCCCCUUCUCCUGCCACCUCAGCCUCCUCCGAGGGAAAGCAGGGCACAGGGGCACGGAGCCUGCAGAGGGAACGCUGGGCACCAUUGAGGGGGCGGGCUGGGGAAAGCUCCAUGUGGCCCCCGCCUUGGCCCCCGGGGCCCCAGAGCUGGGCUUGGAGAAGCGGCCCUGCCCUGGCCGAUGA